GUCUGUAUAUCCGAUUUUGAACUCCUCAACAUUGUUGGGAAGGGAGCAUAUGGGAAAGUCCUGCAGGUAAAGAAGCUUGAUACUGGCAAGAUAUACGCCAUGAAGAUCAUCCGGAAAGACACGCUAAAGAAGAAGGAGCAGACUCGGGCAGAGAGGAUACUGGAAGUCGUCAACCACCCCUUUAUUGUCCAGCUGCAUUAUGCGUUCCAGACUGCCAACCGGCUCUGUUUUGUGAUGGACUUCAUCAACGGGGGUGAGCUCUUCUCUUACAUUACAAGGGAAAAACACUUCUCCGAACCGCGAGCUCGCUUCUACGCAGCUGAGAUUAUCUUGGCGCUGGAGUAUCUACACAAGAUGAAUAUCAUCUAUAGGGACCUGAAACCUGAGAACAUUCUGCUCGACGAGAAGGGCCACAUCCGCCUCACCGACUUCGGACACAGCAAAGACGACCAGAGCGACGAUGAUCGUGCGUUCAGUAUGGUUGGCUCUCCCUACUACAUGGCGCCGGAGAUUCUGCUGAAGCAGGGGCAUGGCAAGGAGGCAGACUGGUGGUCGCUUGGGAUCCUUAUCUACGAGAUGCUCGUGGGUCUUCCGCCCUUCUACCAGGAGAACACAAAGAAGGCGUAUGAGGCGCUGCUGACUCAGCCAAUCGAGUUUCCUUCCAACAUCUCCAGCGAGGCGCGACGGAUGGUUCGAGGGCUGAUUUGGAGCAGGAGGAGGGAAACACUGAGGACUAGGGACGGAGAGGGAGUGGAUGUUGAGAAUAACAUUCAUUGGGAAGUGGAAGUGACGAUUGAGAAGGAGGAGCCACCCUUCAAGCCAAGAGUUCGAGACAUCACAGACGUGAAGAAUUUUUCGCCAAAUUUCACGGUGACCGUGAUGUGUGGGAUGAGAGGAAGGAAUUGAAGCUUAUUGACAACAAAGGCGGGGGGGGAGGGGGGGGGAGGCCACUCUGUGUAACGCGUUUGCUCGCUGCAUGAAUGGUUUCUUUUCCUUCCCUCCCUCCCUCCCUCCCUCCCAUCCUUUUUCUUUCCUGCCAUUCUCGCUUUCAUUCCAUCAGCAUGUCUUUCUCAAACCCUAUUUUGCAGGUCGAUUUCUCGCACAUCAGCGCUGACGCAGAGAUCAAGACUGGUACGAAAGAACAAUGACGAGGAGGAAGCGAUGAUGAUGGCAGUGACUGCUGUCCCCUUUGCAGUCCCCAAGGCCAACGAUGUCUUCUCUGACUUCCAGUACGUCGCUCCAGUCUGGACUGUCUUGUCCUCCCCUGAGCUCCACCCGCCUGUCAAC